CCUAGUUAGAUUUCCAAUAAUAUUUUGCUAAUAUUUUUUCCAUUCUCAUCACUCUAUAUAUAGAUGAAGAUAGAAGCCAUCAUUUGUUCCACUACUAAAACAAAAUAAUUUUGAUAUUAAUUUAUGGAGAUGAAUCAAAGGCCACAAACAAUUCCCCGAGUUCUUAUCUUCCCCAUGCCUGCUCAAGGACACGUCAGCCCGAUGCUGAAGCUGGCGGAGCUUCUUGCCAUGUCUGGCCUCCAUGUGACCUUCCUGAACAGCGACCACAUCCACAAUCGUCUCAUAAAGUACACCGACAUGGAAACUCGAUUUUCCAAGUACCCUGAAUUUCUUUUCAGGACCAUCUGGGACGGCCUCGAGGAGGAUCACCCUCGAACUGGCGAAUCGGUUUGGGAUAUCAUUUUUAGUAUGAAUGAGAAGACCAAACCGGUUUUGAGAGAGAUGCUAGUGUCGGGCCAACUUGGGUCGGGUGAUAGUCCUUAUGUUACUUAUAUGAUUACGGAUGGGCUCUUUGGUGGGUUUACUUUAGAUGUUGCUGAGGAGCUUGGAAUUCCUUGUGUUCAUUUUCGGACCACCUCUUCUUGCUGCUUCUGGUCUUACUUUUUCUUUCCACUUCUUGCUCAGUCCGGCCAGAUUCCUAUCACUGAUAUGGACAGGCUUGUAACAAGUGUGCCAGGAAUGGAAAGUUUUCUACGGUUCCGAGAUUUGCCUAGUAUGUGCCGAGUGAGCGACACAACUAACAAAUCUUUCCAAAUGAUUUCUCAAGUGACCAACCAAACUCGGCGAGCCCGAGCACUUAUCCUAAACACAUUUGAUGACCUCGAAGGUUCAUUUGUCAAUCGCUUAGCUGAGUUUUGCCCCAAUAUCUACACAAUCGGGCCUCUUCAUGCCCACCUAAAUCACAGGCAAGCCCAAAACUCCAAAACGUCAACAUAUCCAUCCUCCAAUAAUCUUUACGACGUAGACCGAAGCUGUCUCACUUGGCUAGAUUCUCAACCUCCAAACUCGGUUAUUUAUGUCAGUUUCGGUAGUAUUGUUGUCAUGACUAAGUCCGAGCUAAUCGAGCUUUGGUACGGUUUAGUGAACAGCAAGCAACGCUUCUUAUGGGUGAUGCGGCCAGACAUGUUAAUGGCAGAAGAUGGCGACCGUUCGGUGCCCGCAGAGUUAGAGGAUGCAACAAGAGAAAGAGGGUUCAUUGUAAGUUAUGCUCCACAAGAGCAGGUUCUUUCUCACUCCGCUGUGGGUGGGUUUCUAACCCACAGCGGUUGGAACUCGACAUUGGAGAGUAUAGUUGCUGGAGUACCGAUGAUUUGUUGGCCUUAUUUUGCUGAUCAACAAAUCAAUAGUAGAUUUGUAAGUGAAGUGUGGAAGCUUGGAUUGGAUAUGAAGGAUGUUUCUGAUAGGAAAGUUGUAGAGAUGAUGGUGAAUGAUCUUAUGGUGGAGAGGAGGGAAGAGUUUGUUAAAUCAACGGCUGAGAUGGCUAGAUUAGCCAAAAUGUGUGUGAAUGAAGGUGGGUCAUCUUAUUGUAAUUUGGAAAAGUUGGUAGAGGAUAUGAGGUGUGGGACCAAGUGAAAAUAUUGCCAAGUCUUAUAAAGUGAGCAGCCAUUUGAUUUUGAUAAGUAUCCUUUUUAUUCAUGUAUCUUCUAACCAUGACUUUUUUGAGUGUGUAGAAACUUUUCUAGCUAAGAUCAACAAUAUAUAGUAUUCUCAAAUUUUUAAUAAGGACUUGCUUCCUUUCAGAAAUACAAAAAUUUAAUAGUACGAAUUUUUAAAUAUUUUUAUAAA